AUGGCACCGACGAAGAAGGACGAAAAAGUGAGCAAAGCGGCCAAAGCGGCCAAGUACGUGAAGAAGGGCGCGAAAGGGAAGCUUCUCAAGAAGCGAUUUUCGCCAACGUUUCACCGACCGAGAACGUUGAAAAAUGCGCGCGCGCCAAAGUACCCGAGAGUUUCGGUGCCGCCGCCGCAAAAGCUCGAUCAAUUCCAGGUGUUGAAGUUUCCGUUGACGACUGAAUCCGCAAACCAAAAAAUCGAAGAGAACAACACGUUGGUCUUCAUCGUCGACGCCAGAGCGACGAAGGUCCAAAUCAAAGCGGCUGUGAACAGAAUGUACGACAUCAAGUGUGAGAAGGUGAACACGUUGAUUCGUCCGGACGGCCAAAAGAAGGCGUACGUUCGCUUGACUGCGGACUACGACGCUUUGGACGUUGCGAACAAGAUUGGCAUCAUCUAA